CUAGAAGAGUUAACACAAGGAUGAAGAGAACUAAUCCAAUAACGAAUCCAAGAUUAUAAGACAGAUGCCAAGCUCUCUAAUCAAAGAAGAGAGGCAGAAUGAUCCCUGUGGCUGAAUUCAAGCAAUUCACAGAGCAGCAGCCGGCAUUCAAAGUGCUGAAGCCGUGGUGGGAUGUGCUAGCUGAAUAUGUCACGGUGGCCAUGCUCAUGAUCGGGGUCUUUGGCUGUACCCUGCAGGUGACUCAGGACAAGAUCAUAUGUCUACCUAGCCACGUCCCCCGGGAAAAUCUAUCAGAGACCCCAUGUGGGCAGCUGCCCCGGGGAGUCUCUGAGGAUACAGAAGACCUUCGGGAGCUCAGUGGCCUCAAGAACAACCUGGACUUACAACAGUACAGCUUUAUCAACCAGCUCUGCUAUGAGACUGCGCUCCACUGGUACGCCAAGUACUUCCCCUACCUGGUCGUCAUCCAUACUCUCAUCUUCAUGGUCUGCACGAGUUUCUGGUUCAAAUUCCCUGGAACCAGCUCCAAGAUAGAGCACUUCAUUUCCAUCCUGGGCAAAUGCUUUGACUCACCGUGGACAACUCGGGCCCUGUCCGAGGUUUCUGGUGAGAACCACAAGGGUACCUCAGGACGGGUAGCAGCCACAGCCAUAGUUGGGUCAGGAAAGGCAGGGGAGUCAGAGAAGGUGGUGACAGAGCCAGAGAAGGUGGUGACGGAACCGCCGGCUGUGACCCUCCUGGACAAAAAAGAGGGGGAGCAGGCCAAGGCCCUGUUUGAGAAGGUGAAGAAGUUCCGUGUGCACGUGGAAGAGGGUGAUAUCUUAUAUACCAUGUACAUCCGCCAGACGGUCCUCAAGGUGUGCAAGUUUCUGGCCAUCCUGAUCUAUAACGUCAUCUAUGUGGAGAAGAUUAGCUUCCUGGUAGCCUGCCAGGUGGAAACAGCAGAAGUCACGGGCUAUGCCAGCUUCUGCUGUAACCACACCAAGGCUCACCUCUUUGCCAAGCUGGCCUUCUGCUACAUCUCCUUCGUGUGCGUCUACGGCCUCACCUGCCUCUACACUCUCUACUGGCUCUUCCACCGGCCCCUCAAGGAGUAUUCUUUCUCUUCCGUGAGGGAAGAGACCGGAAUGGGGGACAUUCCUGAUGUCAAGAAUGACUUUGCCUUCAUGCUCCAUCUCAUUGACCAAUAUGACUCACUUUAUUCUAAACGUUUUGCUGUCUUCCUCUCCGAGGUCAGUGAAAGCCGGCUCAAGCAACUCAACCUCAACCACGAAUGGACACCUGAGAAGCUGCGGCAGAAGCUCCAGCGCAAUGGGCGAGGGCGGCUUGAGCUGGCACUGUGCAUGCUGCCCGGGCUGCCCGAUACGGUCUUUGAGCUGAGUGAGACGGAGGCUCUCAAGCUGGAGGCCAUCUGUGACAUCACCUUCCCUCCAAGCCUCUCCCAGCUGGUCCACCUGGAAGAGCUCAGCCUGCUCCACUCCCCUGCCAAACUCCCCUUCUCCUCCUUCAUUUUCUUGAGGGACCGACUCAAGGUGGUACGGGUGAAGUGCGAGGAGUUGCGUGAAGUGCCCCUGUGGGUGUUUGGACUCCGGAGCCUGGAAGAACUCCAUCUCGAGGGCCUUUUCCCCGCAGAACUGAGCCGGGCGGCUAACCUGGAGAGCCUCAAAGAGCUGAAGCUACUUAAGAGCCUCUCCCUGAGAAGCAAUGCAGGCAAAGUGCCCCCCAGUGUGACUGACGUGGCUGGUCACCUGCAGCGGCUCAGCAUCCACAACGAUGGGGCCCGGCUGCUGACCCUCAAUGGGCUGAAGAAGCUCACGGCCCUGAGGGAGUUAGAGCUGGUGGGCUGUGGGCUGGAGAGGAUACCCCACGCUGUCUUCAGCUUGACCGCUCUACAGGAUCUCGACCUGAAGGAUAACCACCUCCGUUCCAUUGAGGAGAUCCUGAGUUUUCAGCACUGCCGCAAGCUGGUCACCCUCAAGUUGUGGCACAACCAGAUCGCCUAUGUCCCAGAACACAUCCGCAAACUGAAGGCUUUGGAGCAGCUGUACCUCAGUCACAACAAGUUGGAGACCCUGCCUCCCCAGCUCUGUUUCUGCACCAACCUCCGCCUGCUUGACAUUUCUCACAAUGGCCUGCGCUCCUUGCCCCAAGAGGUGAGCAUCCUCCAAAACUUGCAGCAUCUUGCGCUUUCCUACAAUGCCCUGGAAGGGCUCCCGGAUGAACUCUUCUUCUGCCAAAAACUGAGGACACUGCUGUUGGGUUAUAAUAACCUAAGGCAGCUCUCACCUCGAGUGGCUGCCCUGCAGGCCCUCAGCCGGCUAGAACUCAAGGGGAACCGGCUAGAGGCUUUACCUGAAGAACUUGGCAACUGUGGGGGGCUCAAAAAAUCAGGGCUGCUGGUGGAGGAGGCUCUGUAUGAGGGACUGCCUGCUGAAGUGCGGGAGAAGAUGGAGGAGGAGUAAGAAGGGUCCCUAGGGAUUUCAUCAGCUUGGGAGACCUCACUUGGAGAGGCUAAGACUAGGGAGGGGGACACACCAUGGGAAGAAAAGGCAGAAACCAAAGGUGGGGCUUGAAGGAAGCCCUUAGACCAGUUAAGAUUUUGGAAUAGGGGUGGAGCUCCUCAUGGUGGGAUUAGUUUAAUCCUGGAAUCCAGAGACAGCCACACCUGUCUCUUUUGGCAGGUUUUCCCCCUCCAGUCUGAGGUUGGAGUCAGCCCAGUUUACUGGGCUGGGCUAGGAUGGGUAUCCUUCCUUUAUUCUUAUUCACUGAAUCAUUUGUCUUUAUUUUGAGCCCUCAACCGUGAGAAAAAAAGAGGAGGUUGUUGAAAAGAGUGAAAAGCCACACUCCGGAGGGAUCAUGAAUAUUCCACCACCUCAGUAUCUGACAUUCAUUCCCAGGAGAUUAGGGCCUGUUUCCCAAAUCCUGAAUCCAAUCCCUUAUUUAUAAACCUGUUCAUUAUAAACACUUUUUGAAGGAUUUGGGGAAUUAGAUUUUUUUUUUGAAGUUGAGAAGCUGGAAGCUCCCUGAAGAUAGU